GUCAAGUGUCGGCAAUGUGACUUCAUGACAAACAAACCGCGGGAAAUGAUUCACCACCUCAAGCUUUUACACUCAGAAACUCAGACAGCACCAAUUUGGAAGUGCUCUAAAUGUCCAUACAAGUCAAAGCUGCGUGCUCAUUUGAAUCGCCACGUUAAUGAUGUGCAUGAAGGGGUACGGAAGUUCUUGUGCCAAUACUGCGGCAAGAAAUUCAAGCGGAAUGAAACUCUGAUGGAACACAAAGCUACCCACGGAGAACUGACUCAAUCCUUUACCUGUCAGUUCUGUGACAAGGCAUUCCCCAAGUCAUUUCAACUACAACAGCACAUGAUUACACAUUCAACAGAAAGGCCUUAUCUCUGUGAUAUGUGUGGGAAAUCGUACAAGACAAUACAAGCGACUGAAAGACACAAACGUUUCAUGCACUCAGAGAAUGUUCCUAAGUGGCCUUGUCCUCGUGGCUGUGAACGUACGUUCAAGUAUCGAACCCAUCUUAGUAAACACUUGAAGCGGCCUUGCAAAAUAAGUAUCAGGAUGAAACAAUUGAAAAGUGGUGUCAGAGAGAGUGAUGUGGAAGAGGAAGUAGUCGCCAGUCACAUCACAAUACAAAUUGUUUGCGAUGAGCAGCUUGACAAUAACAUUAAAAAUGUAGCGUAGUGGUUAUCGGGGCCGGUUUAACCCAUACGCAAACUACGCGGUCGCAUAUGGCCCCAAGAAAAGUGGCACCAAUGGGACACUAUUUUUUUUUUCAGAAGACAAAAUUGGAAAGAACUUUACUGACAGGUGAACAACUUAAUUUUGUUUUUUUUUUUUUUUUGCUCAUAGAGUUCAAGUAUCCAAAGCACCCCACCAAAGGCAUUUAUUCUGUUUGUACCAACAGCACUUGAAAAAUGCGUAUACUUGUACAGCACUUCAACUCAAGGCAUUGAGUUUCGAUUCGACAGCGUACAGCGCGGUGCUUGUGGGUUUCAUUGUUUCAUUUGAUGACUCAUGCUGAAGAUAAGCGCACAGCGCCACUUGUCACAACAAGAAACUUCCCCUGAUCACUCUCCCCUCCUAGAGCAGAGCAGUACGUUGUAUCAGACGUUGUAUUGCACCAUAGACUAACCAACACAAGUAGACUUGUCAUCCAAUGUAAAUUUUGAAUUAUGUUUUUCGUGUCUAGUUCAUGUACGGUGACACUGGACGCUAGUGUCGACAAAGUUUUGUUUGUAUUAUUUUAGGGUUAAUUUCUUGAUUUGUGCUUUACUGUUUGGUUAUAUAACUAGGAGACAAGUUAUUGUUUAUGAUUAGAUUGUAUUAUUUGGUUGAAUGAGGUUUUAAAUUACUGUAAUAAUGGGAAACAAAUUGUAAACAAAACACAACCUCUACAUAAACCGUACAGAACUAACAAUAAAAUUGUCUUCAGCUGUACCAUAAGGAUGAGAAAUCUACUGGGGGAGUAUGUUUUAUCUAUGAUUGCACUCUUAGUUGUAUACCGUAACUUGGGUUUUGCUAAAGUGUAUAAGAUGAGUAAAAGUGUAAAAAUGUUAAAUUUCUGUGAAUAAUAAACAGUUGUUGAAAAAAGUC